AUGGACCCAGACCCAGCUCACUACCCCAACAUCGACGGGACUCGCCCAGAGGUUAAUGAGCGGGAAGGCUCCCGGGCGGUCAACUUGCUCGUUAACCGAUUCCUCCGGAAAUGCCGUCGAUGCCGUUGUGCAGAAGACCUUAGGACUAUAGUGAAGAAUCCGGAGCAUGAGACAAUCCGAGGAGGGCUCGAGCCCGGGGUUGACCGCACAUAUCUUUGCAUCUUUGAAAAAACCGCGAGGAGAUGCGCACCAUGGUACGUAAUGAAACAGCAAGAUAUGGACCCGGAUAUAAGUGUCGAAGCGUAUCAAGAUUCUCUAAAUAACCUUCCUUUCGGAGUUAAGCAAAGGCAUCGGGAUUAUAAAUGGCGCGGCGGACAUUACGGAGAGAUGGGAUGGCAGUAUGAUACAGCUUACCCACCAAGUGACUGGUUUGAUUCCGCAGGUGGACGGGAACGGGUACCUGGAACGGCUGAACCGUACUAUUUGGAAGGUCCAGAUAAAGCCGAAAUCUUCACCGGGCCAAAUGACGGGUUACUUAGAUUACCACCUAAGGUCUGGGGGAGCAGGUUUUCGAUGGCUAAACGGGAUACGGCUCAAGAGAAUAGACGCACUAAUGGAAAGCCGGAAUCGUAA